GCACUGUAUUAAACCAUCUUCAAAGCAUUUGUCACUCAGAAGACAUCAGCAUUCGUUGUAUAUCACUAGUGAUCUCAUUGACGCAGCCAUGCUUAUAAGCACAUUAUGGGGUGUUACGAGCUCAGUUAUGAGCCUGUUUUACGCUGGGAUGCAGGUCAUGGUGCCAUGUCUUCCUCCAGCUCCUCUCUCCACAGCUGUUAUUUAUACUGAUGAGUAUAUGGGCUCUUGGUAUUUUGUGGCAGCAGCCGCAUGGGAUGAAGACGAACUUAAGGCCUUCAAGAAUACCGACAGCUCUGUUCUACACAUUGAGAAAGGCGCUGACGACACCCUGACGGUGACUGAAACCUCUCGCGUUGGACAUCAGUGUCAUAAAAGUACUUGGAGCUACUUUGCUUCGUCUGCGACAGCCCCUUUCCUGUUUAGAUCUGAUUAUGAUACUAUGGCGCUGAUCUGGGAUGGCAAGUUUGUUAACUGCACUUCAUGCAUCAUAAUACUGUUGGUGGAUGAAAACGAAGAAGCCAGUGCUAUGCUGUUUAAUCGUAAUGAAAAAACACCAGAUGGCGUGGUACAGGAAUUCAAGUCGAAAAUGGAGUGUGUUUAUAUGGAAGACUUCAUAAAGGCACCUCUGAAAAAAGGUUAUUGUUAACUUGACGAGGCUGCUUAAAACACAGGUGGUCACAAGCAGAUGCAGAGAUCCUCACAUUGCAGAUCUAGACUAAAUUACUGAACUGAUGGAAAUUAGGAUUCACUGUUCUUGGUUUAGUGACUGACUGAUUAAAAAAACAGUACUUAAAUAAAA